AUGCCUGGAGGCGUCAAUACUUAUCGCAGCAGACGUAAACCAGCAAUUUCACCCAGAGAGAUGAAUGCCCUGCUGGAUUACCAUAACCGAGUCCGCUCUCAGGUCUUUCCUCCUGCUGCUAAUAUGGAGUACAUGCUGUGGGAUGAGGGACUUGCUAAGUCAGCUGAUUCAUGGGCUUCACGAUGUGUUUGGGAUCACGGUCCGACACAGGCCAUGAAAUACGUGGGUCAAAACCUGUCAGUCACUUCAGGAAGGUACCAGUCCAUCACAGAUCUGGUCAGGUCCUGGAACGAUGAGAGGCAUCAUUUCUCCUACCCAAACGGAUGCAGUGGGUCAGUGUGCUCUCACUACACUCAGAUGGUGUGGGCGAGCACCAACAGAGUGGGAUGUGCUGUCAGGAAGUGCUCCAACAUGGACGUGUUCGGCAGCACCUGGAGGGAAGCAACGCUGCUGGUCUGCAACUACUUGAUAAAAGGAAACUGGGUAGGAGAAGCUCCGUAUAAGACUGGAAAGCCAUGUUCUCUCUGUCCAUCCAGCUACAGAGGCUCCUGCUGGAGAAACCAGUGCACACUGAACAAAAAACCCAGGAGACUUUAA